CCUUGUUUCUGCCUCUUCUUUUCUCUGCUGCUAAGCAACAAACGCAGUGUCAGGAUGCCAAGCCGUGGCCCCCACAUGCUUUUAGCAAAGACGUGCUUUUCAGACAGGCAAAGCAAUUUUUCAUUUCCGGACAAAGUGGCGGAUGAGUCAAUUUUUCCAUCUAAAGUUAACCAGUUGGAUUGCUUUGUUCAUCAAAACGAAAUGGUUUAUUCCUUCAAAACUCUGAAUUGUUGCAAUGACGACCAAGUGGGUUAGUUUUGUUGCUUCAUGUUAUUAGGCCUGCUUUAAAAGUGAAUCGUGUUCAUAACUUUUGGUGCAAAGCCCUUUUCCGAAGCUUGAAAGAAAUUGAUAUCCAAAAGGAGAAACAGGCCCAUCCCCAAAGCCUCGUCGUGGCUUGUGUUGUUGUUGUGACUGUUCUUACACUCAAAGAAAGAGCCAGCCAACUGAACCGCAUCGGUUUUCUUGUUCUUUUUGCUCCUAACAAUUUCUACCAACUCUGCAAUAGUAAACUCGGCUUCUCUGUUUUACAAAAUGAGUUGAAGAAUCCUAAUGUUGGUCUAGGAGAUGGUGAGAUGCCGGAACUUGUUCCUGAGAAAGCAUAGAAGAUGGCCUCAUUUCGCUUACAAAACCAAAUGGAACCAAACUUUCACCCAAAAACAAGCCAUGCUAUCCUUCAAACAACUAGUAGCAGUAGCACAAGAUAACCUUCCUCCACCCAUCCUCCUCUCCACUCUCGUUCGUUCUUUUAGCCUCUACAACGUCCACCCAACACCUCAAGCUUAUCACUUUCUCAUCAAAACCUUGAUCCAAAAUCUCCACUUCAACCACAUUCCUUCUGUGCUUCAUCACCUUGAACACGUUGAAAAGUUUCAAACACCCGAGUACAUUUUCGCCGACCUCAUCACAACCUAUGGCAUUGCUAACAGAAUCCAAGAUGCUGUUGAUAUUUUUUACAGGAUACCCAAGUUCAGGUGCGUCCCUUCUGCCUACUCUCUCAAUUCUUUACUCGCACUUCUUUGUAGAAAUCAAUAUAGCCUUAAGUUGGUCCCUCAGGUCCUGUUAAAGAGUCUGCUUAUGAACAUAAGAGUUGAAGAAUCAACUCUCCGUAUAUUAGUUAGCGCUCUUUGUAGAAUGAACAAGGUUAGUUAUGCUAUAGAUAUUCUACAACGUAUGAUAGACGAAGGGCUUGGUGUUAAUGAUAAAGUUUGCUCCUUUAUACUAUCAUCAAUUUGUGCAAAGGCGGAUUUGGAUGGUGAAGACGUUAUGGGGCUUUGGAGGGAAUUGGGAAAGCUUGGUUUUUGUCCUGCUAUGAGUGACUAUAAUUGCUUGAUUAGGUUUUUGGUGAAAAAAGGGAGAGGCUUGGAUGCUUUGGAUUUUCUAAAUCAAAUGAAAUCUGUUGGAAUCAAGCCGGGUAUUGUUUCUUACACUAUGGCUUUAAAUGGGGUUAUUGCAGAAGGGGAUUACAUGUUGGCGGAUGAGCUGUUUGAUGAAUUGCUAAUGUUGGGUUUGGUUCCAGAUGUUUAUACUUACAAUGCCUAUAUAGAUGCUCUAUGCAAGCAAAAUAAAGUUGAAGAGGGAAUCAAGAUGGUAGCUUGUAUGGAGGAGUUACGCUGCAAACCUAAUGUGCUCACUUAUAAUAUGUUAUUGGAGGCAAUUUGUAAGGUUGGUGAGAUAAGUAGAGCGAUGGAGCUUGUUAAGGAGAUGAAAUAUAAGGGCAUCAAAAUGAAUUUGGUUUCAUAUACGGUAAUAAUUGAUGGUUUGGUAAGUAAAGGUGAAAUACUUGAAGCACAUGGUUUGGUGGAGGAAGUGUUGCAUAAGUGCUUUUGCCACCAGAGUUUGGCAUUUGAUGAGGUAAUCUGUGGUCUGUGCCAGAGAGGGUUAGUUUGUGAGGCGCUGGAAUUGCUCAGGAAAAUGGUUGCCAAGAAUGUUUCUCCUGGGGCUAGGGGCUGGGAAGCACUUCUCCUUAGCUCUGAAUCCAAAAUCAAUUUUGCCAAUACCACUUUGAUUGAAUCAGUAAAUUCUCUUUGAAUAGUCUUGUCAAGUAAUGAGGGAGGUCUAACAAUCUUGGGUCUUCCAUAUGGGAUUGAGAAGCUGCAAAAUAAUUUUUUUUUUGCAUUUUUGUAAUUCUGAUUGUUAAGUCUCCCAUAUAGGAUGACUGAAGUUUCUUAUUUCAAGUAACUAGUCAAGAGCCAUUGCAUAAUUGCUACUCCAAUGGCCUAGUAAAUUUUGUGGUUGAAAAAUGCGCCCAAUGAAUGACUAGCUAGAGAAGGGGCCUUUUGCAUUGUACCUUUUUGCUGGAUAUAAUUUCAAAUUCUGUAAUUGUGCGGGCUGUUAGUUGUCUUAUAUAUUUAUGUAGAAACAUGGUAGACAUAACAUACAGUUCUGGACAUAAACCUAUAUUUUGCAUUA